GGCAGGCGCUUCGGCUGGUGCAGCUGCUGCCGGCGAGGACGAGAGCAAGGCCGGAUCGCGGCCGGUGAAAAAGACCAAGCGGGCACACAAGCUGGACGCGACACUGGCGAAGAAGAGCAGCGUGGUGGCACCGGUCAUUCCGGCCAAGAACAAAAAGACAAGCGCGGCGAGCGCGGGUGCAGCCGCAGCCGGCGAGGGCUCGAUGGCGGUGACCGAGACAGUGGCAGCCGAGGCCGUCGUCGAGUCGCGGAAGAACAUCAAGCACGAGGUGGUGACGCCCGACGACUACACACCGCCGGCGCCGCUGCCGGACGACUACGAGCGGGCGCGCAAGUAUCCGUUCACGCUUGAUCCGUUCCAGGCCAAGUCGACCGAGUGCAUCGACAACGGCGAGUCAGUCCUUGUCGCCGCGCACACCUCUGCCGGUAAGACAGUUGUGGCCGAGUACGCCAUCGCAGUCUCGCUUCGGUCCAACUCGCGCGUCAUCUACACCUCGCCGAUCAAGGCGCUGUCGAACCAGAAGUACCGCGAGCUGCUGGAGGACUUUGGCGACGUCGGGCUCAUGACCGGCGACGUGACCAUCAACCCGAGCGCGUCGUGCCUGGUGAUGACGACCGAGAUUCUGCGUUCGAUGCUGUACCGCGGAUCGGAGAUCAUGCGUGAGGUGGCGUGGGUCAUCUUUGACGAGAUCCACUACAUGCGCGACGCGUCGCGUGGCGUGGUGUGGGAGGAGACCAUCAUCCUCCUUCCGGACUCUGUCCGGUUUGUCUUUCUCUCGGCUACCAUUCCAACGCCCGCGAGUUUGCGUCGUGGAUCUGCAAGCUGCACAAGCAGCCAUGCCAUGUGGUGUACACCGACUACCGGCCGACGCCGCUGCAGCACUACAUCUUCCCUGCGGGUGGGUCGGGUCUGUACCUGGUUGUCGACGAGAAGGGCAACUUCCGCGAGUCGAACUUUAACAAGGCCGUCGCCUCUCUCAGGGCCGACACCAACGACUCGUACGCCGGCUCGGCCAAGGCGCGCGGCGUGAAGCGGAACCGCCGUGGGCCGGGCGCGUCGGACAUCUUCAAGAUUGUGCAGAUGAUCAUGGACCGCGGCUACGACCCUGUCAUUGUCUUCUCCUUCUCCAAGCGCGAGUGCGAGGGCUACGCAUCGCAGAUGUCCAAGCUCGACUUUAACUCGGAGGAUGAGAAGGAGCUCGUCGACGCGGUCUAUGCCAACGCCAUUGACUCGCUCUCGGAGGAGGACCGCGCGCUCCCGCAGAUCACUACUAUGCUCCCGCUCCUCCGCCGUGGUAUCGGCAUCCAUCACUCGGGUCUCUUGCCCAUUCUCAAAGAAAUCAUCGAGAUCCUGUUCCAGGAGGGCCUGCUCAAGGCGCUCUUUGCCACAGAGACCUUUUCCAUCGGCCUCAACAUGCCGGCCAAGACGGUGGUCUUCACCGCUGCCCGCAAGUUCGACGGCGUCUCUAUGCGGUACGUCCGCUCCGGCGAGUACAUUCAGAUGUCCGGCCGCGCCGGGCGUCGCGGGCUCGACGACCGUGGUAUCGUCAUUCUCAUGCUCGACGAGAAGCUCGAGACCGACACGACCAAGGAGAUGAUCAAGGGCGCGCCCGAUGAGCUCAACUCAGCUUUCCACGUCUCGUACAACAUGCUGCUCAACAUGCUCCGUCUGGAGUUUGCCGAUCCCGAGUUUAUGCUUCUCGCCUCGUUCCACCAGUUCCAGAACGAAAAGUCGCUGCCGCAGCUCGAGGCCCAGCUUGAGGCACUGACGGCGGCCAAGGCUGCCCUUGUUGUUCCCGACGAGGCCAACCACGAGUCGUACUACAACCUGCGCAAGCAGAUUACCAAGCUCCGCGCAGGACUCCGCGACAUCAUCAACGAGCCCAAGUACAUUGUGCCGUUCCUCAAGCCUGGCCGCCUCGCCCGCGUCCGCGUCGACAGCGAGACCGACUUUGGCUGGGGCAUCAUCGUCUCGCACUACACCCGCAAGGCCUCAUCCAAGGUCACCGACGACAAGGGCAGCCUUGCUGCCGGCGCCGUCACCUCGCAUGUGGUCGACAUGAUUCUCGGCUGCGACGCCGGCGAUGGCACCGCCCCGGCCUUUGCGCUCGCCCCGACGCCGCCGGCGCCGGGCUCCAAGCCGCACCCGCGCAUCGUCCCGGUCCUUGUCUCGCUCCUCGACGGCGUCUCCUCGCUCCGGGUCCGUCUCCCAGACUCGCUCUCGUCCGAUUCGGACAUUGCCGCCACCUUUGGCAAGGUCGGCGAGGCACUCCGUCGCUUCGACGGUGCCAUUCCGCUGCUGGACCCGAUUGAGAACCUCAACAUCAAGUCGAAGGACUUUGUCAAGAAGCUUAAGAAGCUCGAGUCGCUUGCGCUCCGCCUCCACUCACACCCGCUCCUCGCCGGUGCGAGCGCCUCGGGCGGCGGCGACGAGAGCACGGCGGCGACGCCGCUGCCGCCGUCCAAGCUCGUCCAGCUUGCGCUUGCGUCCGACCCGGGUCUCCCGGACUCGUUCCAGAUCUUUGAGCAGCGCAAGCGGCUCGAGGAGCAGGCCGAGCUGGUGCGGGCCGGCAUCCGCGAGUCGUCCCACCUUGCGCUCAAGGAGGACAUGAAGAAGAUGCAGCGGGUCCUCCGCCGGCUGGGCCACCUCUCGACCGACAACGUCAUCGAGCUCAAGGGCCGGGUGGCGGUGGAGAUCAACGCCGGUGACGAGCUUGUCCUCACCGAAAUGAUGUUCGACGGCCUGUUCUCCACCCUCACCCCCGCCGAGGUCGCCGGCAUUCUCUCGUGCUUUGUCUUCCAGGGCAAGUCCAAGGAGCAGGUCAAGAUCCAGCCGAACGUGACCAAGGUUCUCAACAAGAUGAAGAUCAUCACCCGCCGCAUCGGCCAGGUCAAGAUUGACUGCAAGCUUGAAGUCGACCUCGAAGAGUACGUCGAGUCAUUCCCGCCCCACGUCCUCCCGGCGGUCAUGGCCUGGGCCGACGGUAAGUCGUUCGCCGAGGUCAUGAAGCUCACCGACGUCUUUGAGGGCUCCAUCAUCCGUGCCAUGCGCCGCCUCGAUGAGCUCCUUCGCCAGCUCGGCGACGCCGCCAAGUCCAUCGGUGACGCCGACCUCGAGACCAAGUUUGGCCAGGCCUCUGCCGCCAUCAAGCGCGACAUUGUCUUUGCCGCCUCGCUCUACCUGUAGCCCGUCAGCCCGACAGCCACCUGCGUCUCCCUCGCCUGCCAAGCAAACGCGCGACCGAAACUACGA